CAAUUGAACAAUAUUUCACAUCAAAGAAGACAAUGAGAAAGAAGGGGUCUCAUCGAGAAAACAUUAAAGCAGUCGCUGCUUCCACACAGCGCAAGUUGAAUAAAAGUAAAAGACGGACGAAGGUUCUUCAAGCAAUGGACCUGCCUGAAGAAAAGAAGGCAAAAAUUUUGAAAGUCCUUGGGGUACAGUAUAUGUCAUCAGAGGAAGAGAUAGAUGAUAACAAUGGGCGAUAUUUUACUGUCCAUCCGCUUCCGUGGAAAUGCAAAAAGUUGAAUUCAACUUUUAAAAAACUCGAUGCAAGACAUCAAGAAAAUCAAAACAAAAGAAGCAAAAAUCAGACCGUGCGUCGCGAGGAAGGACGACCAUCAGAACGAAACCAGCCACCAGAUGCUCCUUCAUUUGCCAUUGCUCCUUUUGAUGAAUCACAAUAAAAUAUUGAACAUUCGUGACAUUCCUAAAAAGAUUUUUUUGUAUAUAUUUAGAGAAAACAUUUUUGUUUAUAAGUUUUUGUAAAUAGACAUACAUCUUGUGAUAUUUGUUUCUCUCUUCCUUGCACCUUCUGUAUACGUCAAUCAUCCCAUCCUGCAAGCUUUAGGAUAUUCAUAAUUUUUAUCAGGUGGAUGAGAUUAUAGGUACUUUUAACUCCUCACUCAAUAAAAACUAAAAAAAGUUGAGCUCUUGUUGGAAAUUGAGCUCUUGUUGAAAAGUAUUUGCAGGUUAUAAUAAAGGAAAUUUUAGUUGAAAAGCGGAGCAUAAUUUUUUAUAAAAACAUUACAAAAUCUGG